CCGCGGCUGCUGCCGCCGCCGCCAUCUGUCACCUCAACUCCAGCACCCGCAACACUUUGCACCUACCCCGCCGCCUCUCUCCGCGGCGGUGGCAGCUUCCCAGCCCUGCCGCAUUCUCUUCUCUGGUCCUGUCGCGGGUUCUUUCUCUCACAUGGAUCUUGUCGGAGUGGCGUCGCCAGAGGCCGGGCGGGCAGCGGCCUGGGAACCCCGCAAGUGUCCAUGGGCUACCCCUCCAAAUACAAUAUCGUGUUCUUUGACUGAUGUGAUGAGUGAAGAGUUGGCGAAGGAAUUGCAACUACAAGAGGAGGCUGCUGCAUUUCCUGAAGUUGUUGUUGCUGAAGGACCAUUUAUUACUGGAGAAAACAUUGACACUUCCAGCGACCUAAUGCUGGCUCAGAUGCUACAGAUGGAAUUUGACAGAGAAUAUGAUGCACAGCUUAGGCGUGAAGAAAAAAAAUUCAAUGGAGAUAGCAAAGUUUCCAUCUCCUUUGAAAAUUACCGAAAAGUACAUCCUUAUGAAGACAGUGAUAGCUCUGAAGAUGAGGUUGAUUGGCAAGAUACCCGUGAUGAUCCUUACAGACCAGCAAAACCUGUUCCUACUCCCAAAAAGGGUUUUAUUGGUAAAGGAAAAGAUAUUACCACCAAACAUGACGAAGUAGUAUGUGGAAGAAAGAACACAGCCAGAAUGGAAAAUUUUGCACCUGGAUUUCAGGUAGGCGAUGGGAUUGGCAUGGAUUUAAAGCUCUCAAACCAUGUUUUCAAUGCUUUAAAACAACACGCCUACUCAGAGCAACGUCGAAGUGCCCGUCUCCAUGAGAAAAAGGAGCAUUCUACUGCAGAAAAAGCAGUUGACCCCAAGACACGUUUACUCAUGUAUAAAAUGGUCAACUCUGGAAUGCUGGAGACAAUCACUGGCUGUAUUAGUACAGGAAAGGAAUCUGUUGUCUUUCAUGCAUAUGGAGGGAGCAUGGAGGAUGAAAAGGAAGACAGUAAAGCAAUACCUCCAGAAUGUGCCAUCAAGGUAUUUAAAACAACCCUUAAUGAGUUUAAGAACCGUGACAAAUACAUUAAAGAUGAUUUCAGGUUUAAAGAUCGCUUCAGUAAACUAAAUCCACGUAAGAUCAUCCGCAUGUGGGCAGAAAAAGAAAUGCACAACCUCACAAGGAUGCAGAGAGCUGGAAUUCCCUGUCCAACAGUUGUACUGCUCAAGAAACACAUUUUAGUCAUGUCUUUUAUUGGCCACGAUCAAGUCCCAGCCCCUAAAUUAAAAGAAGUAAAGCUUAAUAGUGAAGAAAUGAAAGAAGCCUACUGUCAGACUCUUCAUCUGAUGCAGCAGUUAUAUCAUGAGUGCACACUGGUGCAUGCUGACCUCAGUGAAUACAACAUGCUUUGGCAUGCUGGGAAGGUCUGGUUGAUUGAUGUCAGUCAGUCUGUAGAGCCAACACAUCCUCAUGGCCUGGAGUUUUUAUUCCGUGACUGUAGGAAUGUUUCACAGUUUUUCCAGAAAGGAGGAGUAAAAGAAGCCCUUAACGAACGAGAACUCUUCAAUGCUGUUUCAGGCUUAAACAUCUCAGCAGACAGUGAAGCUGAUUUCUUAGCUGAGAUAGAGGCUUUGGAGAAAAUGAAUGAAGAUCAUGUUCAGAAGAAUGGAAGAAAAGCUGCAUCAUUCUUAAAAGAUGAUGGAGGUCCACCAGUCCUGCAUGAUGAGUAACAGACAGCCCCUGCUUUCCGAGUUGACUAUCAGCAGUGACUGUCAGCCUCCAGUGGCAAAGGAAGCUAUGGAUGACUAGAGAUAGCAAAACAUGAGGAGGGUACACUGGUGCUUCUGUGCUUUUUUCUUCUUGUAACCCAUAUGCCACUUGUGUGGAAUUUUUAGCUUGGCAUUGAGAGAAUAAAGUGUCACUACCUCUCAUCUUACCAACAGGAUAAUAUUAUCCUUUAACAACUACAGGCUACCUACCUAAAAAUAGACCUGAUUUUCCAGGAUUUAUGGUAGUAUUAAGUUUCAGUGAAAUCUUUUUUAACUUAAUAUUUCCAAACAUGGGAGAAAAGUACAGGUGUGUUUGUAAGGGAUGUUAUAUUGCAACCAUCUUGUUUCUUUGACCUCCCUGCUCUGCAUGCAUUUGUCCUUGAAUAUUUUAUGGACCUAAAAGGAGCCCUUCUCUUCUUUUUCCACACCGUGACCACAAUUUCAAAAAGGAAAUGUAUUCUUUUAGUUGGUGUUAUAAGAUUUCUGCUUUCCUGUACUCAUCAAAGAAAAGGAACUGUAGGUUUCUGAAAGAAGUAAGUGACAAAGGACUUAAUAACUGUCCAAAUUGUUUUUACCAGCACACUGCUUAGCUCUGGUUCAUGGUGGUGCAGGGCAUUGAACCUGGAACUUCGGAGCCUCAGGCAUGAGUCUCUUUGCAAAGCCAUUAUGCUGUCUACCCCUGCCCUUUGUCCAGAUUGUUAGCUUUCAACUUUUGUAUAUUUAGUUGAAAUGGCUAGGUUGUAAGUCACGGUGCAGUUAUGCAUUUAACCAUGCUUCACAUUUGAAUGAAGUCAGUGAAAUACUACAUUCCAUUCAUACUACAUUGUUGUUGGCUUUCAGAGAAAUAGAGCAAGCAAUUUUGAGAGAUGAGUCAUUGAAUUAUGGAGAGUGUGUAUAAAAUAACUCACAUACCAAAUUAAUCAACAAAUCUCAACUGCCUGGCCCACUUUUAACCAUUUUUAGUACUGACUAUGUCAUUUCAAAUAUAAAGCAUGUGUCACACUCAAAAAGUACAUUGGCUUGGUUAUGGAUUUAAAUGCAGUCACUACAACACAAUUAACUUUCCCUCCUAAUGCUAAAGUCAGGUUGGAACCACUGAAUCCCAAACUUUCCACCUAGUCACAGAAAGAAAGCAAAUUUUUAAAUAUAUAUAUAUAUAUAUGAUUGAUACUUGAAAGUUUCCCCAUUACCAUUAUUUUAAAUACCAAAUAUUUCUUUCUAAAUAAAUAUUUUUGCUUUUUCUUAUAUAAUUUUUAUAUAACAUUUCAAGGUAUGGUCUUUGUUAUAUUCUCAUUACAUUUCUGAAAUGUUUACUGCUCUUAAAGAUUGUAAGUAAGCAGUGAUUAUCAACUAUACAGAAAUAGCAGAACUAGUUUUCAAGAUCACUAACCAUUUGAAAUUUUGAUGACAUAACUGCGUAACAAAGCAGCAAACUGGCUGUGUAACAGUCUUGGAGUGUGCUAUAAAUGUGGCUUUUAAGAAAUUAAAAAUAAAGAAAUUCAGAGUUA